UUAGUUCGGUCCUCCCAACUUUCCCUCCCUAAUGAAAGCUUCAAAACGAAGCAAAGGUCACUCUUUUGCGUUCUCUGCUUCCUUCUUGCUUUCCUAAUUGCAUGCUUUAAUGGCCCACCCAUACGAUUCUGACGAAGAGAAUGACGACGCAUUCGUCUACCCUGGCUUUGAAGUAGAAGAAGAGACGGAAAGUCACUUGGAAAGCGAAGAGGAGGAGGAGGACGGAGACGACGACGACGAGGAGUACAUUCCGGUUGCAAACUCGCCUAGGGUUUUAGGUAACGGCUUUUUGAAUGCUGGUCGAGUAAGUGUUGAAGAAGAGAGAAGCAAGCGGAGAAGAGUAAAUCCAGAAGGAGAAGAGAUGCGUUCGUUAAUUGCAGAUGAGAAUGCCGAGUGUUCUCAGGGGAGAGAGUGGAAUCGAACUCAAAUUGAUGGACUUUUUUGCCCUAUUUGCAUGGAUGCUUGGACCAGUGAGGGUGACCAUCAUAUCUGCUGUCUUCCUUGUGGCCAUAUAUUCGGGCUUUCUUGUAUCAGCAAAUGGUUGAAACAAAAUCGAAAUUCUGCAAAGUGCCCUCAAUGCAACAGGAAUUGCACGUUAAAGGAUGUGAGGAAGCUCUUUGCUCCAAGGUUUGCUGUGGUCGACGAAGAAUCACAAAAGACAAUUAGAUCUCUAGAGAUGAAAUGUGCUUCUCUUGAGAAGAAGAGUGCUGAUUGGUGUAGAAAAGAAUCUGAAUGGCAAAAGAGAGAAGCUGAGUUGCAACUUAAGGUCAACCAGCUUACGGAGAGAACGACUUAUUUGGAGCAUUUAGUAGGAGAUAUGGAAAGCAGUUCAACUGUGCCGUUCUCUGCUGGAAAUAUCAACUCAAAGUUAUGCCAAGGAGGAUCUUCCAGUAUUUUUGUGUUGGAGAGAGAGUUGCAAGUGGAUGGUGCACGCUUAUUUGAUAUAGAUGCAUUUGGUCAAAUUUUGUUACUUGCUCGGAGGCUACCUAAGAUUGAUGGGUCACAUGUACUUACCAAAAUGAACUUGCUACCUCCUCAUGAAAGUGAAGAUAUUUUGCUCCCUUCUAGCAUGAAAAUCAUAAAGGAUUUGCAUAUUUCUCCUUUUAAUGGAAGUCAUGCACUUUGUGCUUCCUUAGGCAAGAAACUAUCUGUUCUUAGUAUGGAAAGCAACAGUGUCAUCCUUUCCUAUGAUUUACCGUCUCCUGCUUGGUCAUGUUGCUGGGAUCUUCAGAGUUCAUAUUACAUGUAUGCGGGACUACAGAAUAGCUUGCUUUUAGCAUUUGAUAUGCGUCAAACCAGGGGACCAGUAGAAUCGAGUCCAGGGUUGACAAACAAUCCAAUCCAUACAUUAUACUCUGUUCAAAAUAACUUUUCUUCUGGUGUUAGAACGCUUCUAUCUGCUUCCUCCAUUGGCAUAUGCCAGUGGAACUUUGGCGGUGCUGAAGAAAGGCCAUCAUUGGUUCCCCAAACAGCAAAUCAAGGAGUUUGUAUAUCCCUUGCUCAUUGUCCCAGCAGUGAUGACAUAGUUGCUACCUUUCGUCCCAAAGUUGAGAUGACCAAUGAGAUGUCUGUUUCUCAGCUAUCACCUACUCCUUGCUCAAUUAUUGGACAAAGAGUACUUGGUUCCCAUCUUCAUUUGAAGAGGGUGGGUGAUAAGUAUCAAGAGUUGGGCAUUGCAUGUGCCACUGUAAGUAAUAUUCGAUUGCCUAGAUCUGUUAUCAUAGACAGAGAGAAUGAGAAACCACUAUUUGCAGUUGGAGAUGAAGAAACAUUGGGAUUGAUCUUGCAAGAGUUGCCAACUUUUACAUUUACUCAAAAUCUUAAAUCUCACAAGCAUCAUAUUUGUGACAUUAAGUGUACAAGCACCCUAAGCCAAGGUUUACUUGGCUGUUUGAGUGAGGACAGAUUGCAACUUUUCAGUAGCAAGAUCUGAUGUGGGAGACUGCAUUUUUUGGGUGUAUCAACGCAAGAGAAAAUUCUGAUUUUGCCUGGAAUUUCUGUUUCAUUUUAUUAAUCUAAGUGAGAGUAGUUGAUUAUGUUCCAUGACCCUAAGUUGUAUACAGCAUCUCUUUUCGAUCAUCAAUGAUGUAAAUUUGAAAGCAUCUAAUUUAUUAUAAAUUUGAAGGGUUUCAUAACCCUUUUUAUGACUA